UAGCGAAUGUGGUGAAGCUUCGAUACAGUACGUCCCAUCACUACCGGAGUCAAACAUAAUUCAUUCAAUUCUUUUGUGCCGAUAACCUCGUUUUGGUGCACUGUUAAGGCUUCUUGGGCUAUUUAGUUGACCUUAGCUUAGCCUAGCCUAGCAGCCGCGAGCAAAGAGACGUUGUGAGCAACACAUCGCUCGGCAGAGAUCGAAUGUGAGUUGUGUUGAUCUUGCGAACAUGUGUGCAAAAGGCGUGAAAGAAGAAGAGUACGAGGAGCAACUUUGUGGAACGAAAGAGGAGAGCGAGCCACAGCGUCCACUGGUUUUCGAGCAACCUCGUGUUGUGUUACGCAGAGCAGACGUCAGUGACGAACGUACUGGUCUUCAGCGGCAGGUGUCGGAGCCCGCUCACGUUGAAGAGGAAGGCCCCGCUGUCAGUCGGGAGGAAAAGGAGCUGGAAGCGUCCGGUAUUAAAGAGGAAGAGGAGGGCAAUAGCACUAAGAUGCGAGUUCCGCUUGACCCUUUGAGGAGUGGAUAUGAGGUCGACAAAGGUGAAAGUGAGGAGAACGGAGGGGCGGAGCCUCAGAGCAGCAGCUCAAGUCAACACGGGACUUCCGAAUGCGAUCGAGGUCGCUGCGGAGGAUCGCCAGCAGACAGCCUGUUAGCGCCACUAUCAGAGAGUGACGACAUGACGUCACACUCCACUCUCACCGAUGACGAACUCUGGAAAGGCGAUAUGACACGUCACGACGACAACAAAUGCUGGAAAUGUUCUCAGUGUGACAAAACCUUUGUCUACAAGUCUGUUUUUAAAAAGCACAUGAUGAUCCACACUGGAGAGAAACCUUUUGCCUGCUCUGUUUGUGGCAAAAGAUUCACUCAAAGAGCCAAUUUGACGACACACGCAAGAACCCAUACUGGAGAGAAACCUUUUACCUGCCAAAUUUGUGGAACAAGCUUCUCUGCUAAGGGAAGCUUAAGAUCACACGCAAGAACCCACACUGGUGAGACACCUUUUGUUUGCUCAUUUUGUGGUAAACGCUUCACUCAAAGGGGAAGGUUAGCAGAUCACACGAGAACGCACACUGGGGAAAAACCUUUUGCAUGCUCAGAUUGUGGCAAACGUUUCUCUCUAAAGGGAGAUUUAAGAAGGCACACACGAACCCACACUGGGGAGAAACCUUUCUCCUGCUCAGUUUGCGGUAAAACAUUCUCUGUCAACGGACGUUUAACGAGGCACACGAGAACACACACUGGGGAGAAACCUUUUGUCUGUUCAGUCUGUGGUAAGCGCUUCACUGAAAGGGAUACUUUAAAGCGGCACAAACGAACACACACCGGAGACAAAGCUACUGGUCCAGUGUGUGACUUUAGUUCAAAACUGCUAAAUCUUCAUCCUGAGCAGAAUGAGAGGAGCUCCACGGUGGAGGACGACAAGCCAGAGGCAUCUCACAUUAAAACGGAGGAGGAGGAUACCGAGAUCCCGUUGACUUGUGUCGUCGCGAAGCGUGACGACGAUGAAGCGGUGACGAUCGCGCCCAGCAACAUGUGCGCUCAGCGGGUGAAAGAAGAGAACAACGAGGAGGAACUUUGGCCAACGAAAGUGGAGCGCGAGCGCCAACGUCAUCGACUCGACGCCGCUUUCAAGCAGCCUCCACUUGGCUUACACACAACAGAUGUCAGUGAGGAGCAGGUGCCACAGUCCACUGACAUUAAAGUGGAAGAGCACGAGGAAGGUUCCCUCGUCCUGAAGGAUGAAGAGGAGCGAGAGCCUUCCUAUAUUAAAGAGGAAGAGGACGAUAACGUCACUAAGUUGCUGGUGACGUUUGUCCCUUUGAAGAGGGAAUGUGAUGAUGACAAAGGUCGCAAUGAGGAGACUAGAGGGGCGGAACCUCGCAGCGGCAGCUCAACUCAACACGUGAACACAGGAGGCGAUGGAGACAACCGUGGAGGAUCACAAGCAGACAGCCUCCUCGCGCCACUGUCGGAUAGCGAUGACAUCACCUCGCACUCCCCUGACACUGAUGGCGAUGAUGAUGAUGAUGAUGAUGAUGAUGAGCAACACUCCAAAGAGGAUAUGACAUGGCAAACUGACAACAAACCCUGGAAAUGUUCUCAGUGUGACAAAGCCUUUGUUUCCCAGUCGCUUUUGAAAAGGCACAGGAUAAUCCACACUGGAGAGAAACCUUUUGUCUGCCCAGUUUGCGGUAAAACAUUCACUCAAAGAGCCAAUUUGACAACGCACAAAAGAACACACACUGGCGAAAAACCUUUUUCGUGCUCAUUGUGUGGCCUAAGAGUGACUUAUAAGAGUAGUUUGCCAGCUCACAUGAGAACCCAUACCGGAGAGAAACCUUUUACCUGCUCGGCGUGUGGUAAACGUUUUUCUGAAAGGGAAAGUUUAAUGAAACACACAAGAACACACACUGGGGAAAAACCUUUUGCCUGCUCAAUUUGUGGUAAAAGAUUUUCUGUCAAGGGAAGCUUAAGAUCACACACAAGAACCCACACUGGAGAGACACCUUUUGCUUGUUCAGUUUGCGGGAAAAAAUUCACUGUAAAGGGAGGUUUAAUAAAGCACUCGAGAACACACACUGGGGAGAAACCUUUUGCGUGUUCAGUUUGUGGUCAAAGAUUCUCCUCAAAGGAAAACCUAAAAACCCACACAAGAACACACACAGGGGAGAAACCAUUUUCCUGCUCAGUUUGCGGCAAAAGCUUCAAUCGAGGGUGCAGGUUAACAGAGCAUGCCAGAAUACACACAGGAGAGAAACCUUUUGCUUGCUCGGUUUGCGGCAAACGCUUCACUCAAAAGGGAAGGCUAACAGAACACGGAAGAACACAUACUGGUGAAAAACCUUUUGCCUGUUCAAUUUGUGAUAAAACAUUCUCUGUAAAGGAGCUUUUAAUAAGGCACCGAAGGACACACACUGGGGAGAAACCGUUUGCCUGCUCGGUUUGCGGUAAAGCAUUCUCUGUAAAUUGGCGUUUAACUAGGCACACCCGAACACACACUGGGGAGAAACCUUUUGUCUGCUCAGUUUGUGGUAAAAGCUUCACUGAAAGGGAUUCUUUAAAAAGGCACAGAAGAACACACACUCGAGAGAAACCUUCUUCUGGUGCAGUCUGUGACUUUCGUUCAGAAUUGGAAACUGCACACCCUGAGCGGCAGGAGCCGCAGCCGCCUCACGUUAAAGAGGAAGAGGACGAGGAUGAUAUGACCAAGUUGCCAUUGACUGUCGUCGUGAAGAGCGAAUACGAUGACGACGACAGCCGAAGUGAGCGGGACUAAGAGGCCGACCGAGCCUCCGAGCGGCAUCUCGAGUCAAUCGAUGACAACACAAGAUGAGAUGGAGACCACUGUGGAAGAUCACAAGCAGAGCGCGUUUUUGCUGCGCAAUCGGAUAGUGGCAAAAUAACAUCUGACACCGACGACAAACCGCGGGAAUGUUCUCAGUGGGACUAAAGCGCUGAGAGUUGAUCAAACAUGCAAGAACACACACACAGGAGAAAAACCUCAACAAACAAAAAACUGUUCAAAUCAUUUGCUUUGUCGGCAUUCCAGUAUAUUCCACUUGAUUGUUAUGAUAUGUUUCUAUAAUUUCUUUUUGGUUUUUUUACUUUGUGAUUUUUCUUAUAUUAACUUGCAUGAACUGUAAAAUCUUGUGAAUGUGUAUUUUAUGUACGUAGAACUUUGACUUACGAGUAUAAUUCUUUCGGUGACCAAGCUUGUAACUCAAUUCACUUGAACGUCAAAUACAUUUUAGUGGACUUUUAAAUGAAUUGAAGUAGUUUUGUAAAGUUUAAAUAUUCCGAAAAUAAUAAAAGA